GUGUUGCUCAUAAUUAUGCCCUUCGUCUGCUGUUCACCACGCAUUCUCAUGGGCUCACUUUACUUGGAGGGCACUGAACAAGCACUUCUCUUGCCCGUUCUGCUUUUCCUGUUUCUCGGAGAGGUCGGUCCUGGCACAGCCAUGGCCGAUUUCACGAAAACGCGAGCACCUCGGCAAAUGCGCCGACAGCAGUCUACCAUGGUGAAGUUUGUGGAGGCUGCUGAAGCAGAGAGGCUGAAGGAAGAUGCUGCUCGAAAGAAGAAUUGGAAACGAUGGGGGCCAUACCUCAGCGAGCGGCAGUGGGGAACUGUUAGAGAAGACUACUCGGCAGAUGGUAACUGCUGGGAUCACUUCUCGCACGAUCACGCCCGGUCUCGUGCGUACCGCUGGGGUGAGGAUGGACUGCUGGGAUUCACUGAUCGCCAGUGCCGCAUCUGCUUUAGCGUGGCACUCUGGAACGAGAAUGACCCGAUUCUGAAGGAGCGCUUGUUUGGCUUGACCGGACCACAGGGUAAUCACGGUGAGGACUGCAAGGAGUGCUAUUACUAUCUGGAUGCAUUGCCGACGUACACAUAUGCGCGUGCACUCUACAAGUACCCACAGGCCGCCUACCCGUACUCUGAGCUGGUCGAGGGCAACGCGAAGCGCGACAUCAAGGACCCGGAGCUGGAGCUGGAGGACACGGGUGUGUUUGCCGGUGGCAGGUAUUGGGAUGUGUUUGCCGAGUAUAGCAAAGCCGAUGACAAUGACAUCGUCAUCAAGAUCACGGUUGGCAAUCGCGGUGAUGAGCCGUCACGCCUCCACCUGCUGCCUACUCUCUGGUACCGCAACGUGUGGAUCUGGGGCUGCAAGCACGAGGGCUGCGGUCCCAAGCCACGCAUGGGGCUCAGCAAGGAUGAAGAGAAGGUGUCCGACGGCCUUGCCGAAGAGGUCACACUGGUGCAUGAUGAACUGGGCAAGUACCGCUUCAUGGCCGGUCCCAAUCCUGUCGACGAGUCCAUGCCUACUAUGCUCUUCACGGAGAACGAAACCAACACGAAGCGCCUGUACGACUUGGACAGCUACACACCGCACUUCAAGGAUGCCUUCAACAGCUAUGUGGUUGACGGUGAUAAAGAAGCUGUCAGUCCCAAAGGACGCGGCACAAAGGUGGCCGCUUAUUACAUCCUGGAGGUACCUGCUGGUGAAACUAGGUCAGUAUUCCUGCGACUGGCUAGCGAUGAUCAAGUUCCUAAGGAUGGAUCAGCAAUGGACCAGUCACACCUGGACCGCGUGGUCGAUCGCCGUCAGUUUGAAUGCGACGACUUCUACGACAAGGUGAUCCAUGAGUCUUUGAGCGCGGAGCAGCGUCUUGUAGCGCGCCAGUCCUACGCCGGCCUGCUGUGGAGCAAGCAGUUCUAUCACUAUGUCAUCAAGGACUGGCUCUACGGAGACCCGGAUCAAAUGCCACCGCCUCGCGAGAGACUGGCAGGCCGUAACAGUGACUGGAAGCACUUGUUCAACCGUGAUGUCAUCUCCAUGCCUGACAAAUGGGAGUACCCAUGGUAUGCAUGUUGGGACUUGGCGUUUCACAUGAUUCCGUUUGCCAAGAUCGACCCAACCUUCGCCAAGGAGCAGUUACUGCUGUUCCUACGUGAGUGGUACAUGCAUCCCAAUGGCCAGAUUCCAGCGUACGAGUUUGCUUUUGGUGACGUGAACCCUCCCGUUCAUGCCUGGGCGGUGUGGAGAGUUUUCAAGAUGGAGGCGCCCAGAACACAGCGUGACCGAGGCUUCCUGGCACGUUGCUUUCAGAAGCUUCUGCUCAACUUCAACUGGUGGGUGAAUCGCAAGGAUCCCGAUGGCAAGAACAUCUUCUCUGGCGGCUUUCUUGGACUUGACAACAUUGGUGUAUUCGAUCGGUCGAAGCCUCUGCCAACUGGUGGUUCUCUGGAACAGGCGGAUGGCACAGCGUGGAUGGCAUUCUUCUGCGUGGUGAUGCUGGACAUGGCACUGGAGCUGGCGCUCACCGAUCCCGUGUACGAGGACAUGGCGUCCAAGUUCUUUGAGCACUUUGUCGCGAUCGCCGAGGCCAUGAAUGCGCUUGGUGAUGGAAAGGGUCUCUGGAACGAGGAGGAUGGAUUCUACUACGACCAUCUGACCCGUGAAGGCCAGGAGCCACAGCCGAUGCGCAUUCGCAGCGUGGUGGGCCUUGUGCCUCUCUUCUCGGUGCUGGUGCUGGAGGACUCGGUGCUGAAGCGCCUUCCCGACUUCCACAAGCGCCUGAAGUGGUUCCUGGCGCACCGUCCGGAGCUAUCGUCGCAGAUAUCUAUGUUUCAAAGUUCAGCAGCGGAUUCCUGUUCACCCCUCGUGCCUGGCACACAUUAUCUGCUUGCCAUUCCAUCGCGUGCGAGGCUGGAGCGAGUGCUCAAGUACGUCCUGGACGAGAAAGAGUUCUUCUCCGACCAUGGCCUGCGCUCUUUGUCAAAGGUCCAUGAACAGCAGCCGUUCCGCAUGGACUUUUCUGGAGAGACAUACAGCUUGGAGUACACACCAGGCGAGUCCAACACCUACCUAUUUGGAGGCAACAGCAACUGGAGAGGACCGAUCUGGUUUCCAAUUGCGUAUCUGCUGAUCGAGUCACUGGAGCGUUAUGACUUCUACUAUGGUGACUCUUUCCAAGUGGAGUGUCCCACUGGUUCUGGUGUUAUGAUGAACCUGAAGGAGGUGAGCAAGGAGAUGUCACGUCGCCUCACCACUCUGUUCACACCAAGCCCGGAGACGGGCCAUCGGCCGUGUCAUAGAGAAGCUCCGCAGUAUCGCGACGACCCACACUGGCGCGAUCUCGUUCUCUUCUACGAGUUCUUUCAUGGUGACAAGGGACACGGCUGUGGUGCGAGUCAUCAAACUGGUUGGACAGCGCUAGUGACCAGGUGCCUGGAUAAGAUAGCCGAAAAGAGCUGAAGCAACGCUGGCGGUUUGCGCAACUGUUCGUCACUCGUGUUCCAUCGACUGACGUAGCAAGGUCGUUGGAGGACCUUGUCCCGUCUCCAUGCAUGUCCGGAGACUGUGCUACGUGCUAUCUAGAGCACCCAGUCAUGAGCUAGAGCGGUGCUCUUCCUGCCCAGCUGGUCGCAGUCGCUGCCCUCAGUGCACUUUGAUUUGAAGUGCGUCAUCUAGGUGCAGUGCCACCGUAGAAGAGAGGUCUGGCACUGUCUGUGCUCAUGCAUGACCGUAGAGGACUGGCAUGGCACUAGCACUGUGUUUAUGCACAUGCAUGAUCCUGGCACUGCUUCUGCACGUGCACUGCCUGGGUGUCUUGUUUUAGUUCCCUAGUUUUGCAAGAUUCUGUCAAUGCCAGAUGUUGUGGCUCUUUCCUAAUCAUGCCUAUCCUGUGGCAUAUGGCCAUGCAUUCUCACAGCAGGACUAUAAAUCACAGACCACCAUUUAGACUGUCAUCAUUUGCUCUAGUUUUCCAGGGUACAUACUGUGUCAAUGCUCAGCGGGUGCCCCCCCCCCCCCCAAAUCAUGGGAUGAACGUUUUCUCUUUUUAGCAUCCACCAUUUUGACUCCUUUUUUUCUUCAUUUUACUUCGAAGUAGACACUUCAAGUAACACACUUUUUAGAGUAUGUACCGCACCAGCUAUGGGUGUAGCGGCUACUGGCCUUGUAUGGAUAGUAUUUUUUACAUAUUUUCCUAUAACCGGUUUAACUAUAGGUCACCCAACUCAAUAUAGAAACUGCUGUUGGCUUUGGGUAGUCAACGUAGACUGACGAGAGAAUCUGCAACGAUGCAAACCUGCUGGAUCGGCUGCUGUAGAUUUAGGACUCCAGAUGGGGUGACGUUUUGGCACUUCGGUAAAAAAUUCUUUGUGGCUUCAUGUAGAAGAGCAUACUGACACCAGAUUUACUGAAAAUGAAUUCUUACCAAAGCCA